UCUUCCGCAUCGAUUUUAAAUAUCUACUAGACCGGAGCUUAUUUGUUGUGCUUACACCCAUGGCGUUUUAUGGUUAACGAGCUACAUUUUGUGUGAUAUUUAUCAAACUUGGCGUAGAAGGCCAACAAUGCAGAAGCUAGCUAACGUUAGCUUAGCACGCUAGGCCGUGCGACAUUGCACUUCACGGUGUGCGACACAGUUAACCAACGUUAGCAAGCUAACGUGUCAAUAGUAUACUAAGUUGCUCAAAUAACCCUGCAUCUCCCAAAAGUUAACUAGCUACUCAACAUUUACUUUAACUCAAAUCCUCUUUGCUCACGUAAGAAGCCAUGCACUUCCUAGGUAGCUUCCCGUAUUUGACUCUUUCUAGCUAAGUUAGCUAGAUAGCUAGCUGAAGUUAGGACAUGGGCACCUCAAAACAUGUUUCACCGUCACAUUUUAAUGUCACGUGCACAAGUACAGUGAGAUGUACAAAUGUUGCUAGAACUGGCCCAUGUUCAAACACAUUUUGAUGUGCCUCAUGGGGCUUUGAUGUGAGCAGCAGAAGGAAACAGAAUCGGCGUCAUGGACAGACACACUCAGAGGAUUCAGCUGGUCUCAGCUGAUGGUGGCAUGAUGGGACAUCGUAUCCAGAUCGUGACGGACCAGUCGACGGGCCAGAAGAUUCAGAUCGUGACGGCGUUGGAGCAGGGUUCUGGUGGCAAGCAGCAGUUUAUCCUGGCUAAUGCAGACUACUCUACGCCAGGCAAGGUAAUCCUAGCCAAGCAAGAGGCCUCGUCCCCGGGAAAGGUGAUCCUGGCGGCCCAAGACGGUUCAGGGGUCAAUCAGCUGCUGUUUGCCUCACCUGACCUGUCCAGCCAGCAGAUCCAGUUUGUGACAGAAGGGUCAGACCAGGCACUUGCCAAGCCUGUGGUGGAGUACUGUGUGGUGUGUGGAGACAGGGCCUCAGGCCGUCACUACGGGGCAGUGAGCUGUGAGGGCUGUAAGGGUUUCUUCAAGCGCAGCAUCAGGAAAAACCUGGUGUAUACAUGCCGGGGGUCUGGAGAGUGUGUCAUCAACAAGCACCAUAGGAACCGCUGUCAGUACUGCAGACUGCAGCGCUGCAUGUUCCUGGGCAUGAAACAGGACUCUGUCCAGUGUGAGAGGAAGCCGGUGGAAGUCUCCAGAGAGAAGUCUAUCAACUGUGCUGCGUCUACAGAGAAGAUCUACAUCAGGAAGAACCUGUGUAGUCCCCUGGCUGCCACGCCCACCUUCGUCACCGACAAGGAGACCGCCAGGUACUACAAGGAGACAGCCAGGUCAGCCAGUUUGCUGGAGUCAAGCAUGCUCCUGAACAUCCAGCAGCCUUUUCCCAAGCUAGAGAACACCAUCCUGGUCCCCACAUCCCCUGAAUCGAAUGACCCAUGUCAGGACGACCUGAGCACGCUGGCCAAUGUGGUGACGUCACUGGCCCACUUGAACAAGGCCCGGGAGAUGAACGAUGUUACCGACAGCAAUGACAUGAUGGGUGCGGAAGACACCCUGAGCAAUGGAGACAGCUCCAUGACGGAUCUCCAAGGAGAUGAACAGACUGCCUGUGAUAUCACCCGAGCGUUUGACACUCUGGCCAAGGCCCUGAACCCUGGGGACGCCUCAGCAGGAGACUCUCUGGAAGCCACCAUGCAGCUGAUGUCAGGAGACCAGUCUGGCCCCGUGGUGGAGCUGGAGGGGCCUCUACUCUCAGACAGCCAUGUCCCCUUCAAGCUGAUGAUGCCGUUGCCCAUGCCGGAGUACCUUAAUGUGAACUACAUCUGUGAGUCAGCCUCGCGGCUCCUCUUCCUGUCCAUGCACUGGGCACGCUCCAUACCUGCCUUCCAAGCCUUGGGUGGUCAGGAUAAUGACAUUAACCUGAUGAAGGCCUGUUGGAACGAGCUGUUUGCUCUGGGCCUGGCUCAAUGCUCCAAUGUCAUGAACGUCUCCACUAUCCUGGCUGCCAUCAUCAACCACCUUCAGACCAGCCUACAAGAUGGUACAGGAGGUGAUGAGAAGCUGUCCCCAGAGCGAGUGAAGCUGGUGAUGGAACACAUCUGGAGGAUGCAGGAGUUCUGUAACAGCAUGGCCAAGCUAUCCCCUGACGUUUAUGAGUACGCCUACCUGAAGGCCAUCGUCCUCUUCAGCCCUGACCACCCAGGUAUAGACAACACCUUACAGAUUGAGCGUUUCCAGGAGAAAGCCUACAUGGAGUUACAGGAUUAUGUAACUCGGACCUACCCUGAAGACUCGUAUCGGUUAUCCAAGCUGUUGCUUCGUCUCCCUGCCCUGCGGCUUAUGAGUUCAGCGGUGACAGAGGAGCUCUUCUUCACCGGCCUCAUCGGCAACGUUCAGAUAGACAGCAUCAUCCCUUACAUCCUCAAGAUGGAGACCACCGACUACAACAGCCAGGUGGCCACUGGCGUCUGACCUGACCCCACGCCGACCCUGGUUUAACACGGCAACCACCGACGUCACAAGGUCACCAUGGUAACAGCAUCCCCAUGUUCACCGUGGCAACAUCACCUGCAGGCCAACGUAGGCAAACGGCCAUGGAAACGUUAACAUUCUUAAGGUGGGGUAAAACUGCAGUGUCGUGUUCUGUAGGGCACACCAUGAGCAAAACGUUUUGCGAUGGACAAUGAAAAGGAACAUUUAUUUUAUUGGAUAAGUUCAGGUAGUACCUGCCUGUUUUUUGUUUUCUUUUCUUUUUUUCUUCCCCCUGUGUUUUUGACCAUUUUCUUUUGCGUUUGGUGCCAACUGAACAGGAAUCAGUUUGGUUGCAUUUUGACCAGCUUCCCUCAACAGAAUCUAAAGGUUUUCUCAAUGGGAUCUGAUGAUUUACUUCCUCAAUGCUGAAACAAUCCUCCUCUUUGUCCCCCUCCCCCCGAAUAGCUCAGAAGACUAUUUAGUACACACAGAUCGAGGUUAUAGCUGGCUUGCUUAGCAUUGUCCAUUCACGAAAUGAACUUUGAAUCCAGUCAUGCAUCGUAGGGCUUUUUUUAUUCAUGUGUACAGCAUUAUUUUGUUCUUCUUCCUUUCAUUUUGUCUUUUGAUGAGUGAACGGACAGAGGGAGCCGUUUUGCUUUUUCUUUUUCUUUUUUCCAACGGCUCCCUCAUUUGCUUUCAACUUGCGCUUUUUUUUAUUUUGUAAAAAUUUGAAUUGCGUUUGUCAUGAUGAUGAUAUUUGGUCAGUGUAUUAAGGUUAUAACCGUUUUUUGUUUAGAUGUUAUAGUUUGUUUGCCAGUCCGAAGGAACUGGCUUGCAUCAUGAGUCGUCUCUUCUUGAACGUGGAACAUAUGGACUAUGCAACAUGUGGAACUCAUAGAAUCGUGUGUGUGUGUGUGUGUGUGUGUGUGUGUGUGUGUGGUAUGUGUGUGUAUAUAUAUAUAAAUAUGUAUAUAGAAAGAAAUGAAGAAAAAGCUAUCAUGGGCAAUAGCUUAUUACAAGAAUUCCAGCAUUUGGACAUGUACAUGUAGUUACUAAAACCGUUGUGAAGUCAUUUGAAAAUAAAAUUGAAACUUUCAAUGGUCAAUCACAUUUAUUUUACAAUAAAUUUGGA